AUGCCGGUGCGUCCGUUGAAAGACAAAGACCGUUACUAUCCUGGCUCUCCCUGGGGCGACAAACCUCCCGAAGAGAUGCAGGCCUUAGCUGCGCCGGGUACUGUCACUGUCAUUGACGGCCUUCGAGGACCCAUUGUGGAGCGAGAGGUACAAGCGGGAACCGCUUUGUACUUGCCGCAAGAUGCCAUGAAGCAUGUCGACGCCUACUUUGAGUAUCGUCAACUGGUGGGUGAUUCCGAUGGUGGACGUUUGCUGGAUGAACGCGAAUACGAAGCCUUGAGGGAAAAAGCCACUGAUCCGGAACGACGUUUAUGGGUCUAUUGGGUGGAGGCAGACAGCGGUUUGGAAUGUAAGGCCAUUGGCCCUGCGUCCACGUGUUUCUGUGGCCACAGGUAUCGAGAACACACCUGGGCAGAUUAUCCGGAGACCAGGAAGCUAAAAUGCAAGAUGGCUGGUUGCAAUUGUCAAGCUUUCAGCUAUGUUCCUGUGAAAGGAUCUGGUGAUUUGAAAUGUUCCAGCUGUCGCCAAUCCUUCUUGGACCACGAUAAGAGGACCAGAAAAUGCCAGCGCGGCAAGGGUAGUUUCACAUCCUCUUAUAGCUGCUCCUGCAACUCCAGCUAUGAUCGACACUGCACGGUGGUACAGACGCAACAGGAACGAGAAGCCAGCGGCAAAGCGACAGGAACGCCAUGGAUGCAAGCAGCUGCAGGUGCUGGGCUGCCAACUGCUCAUAUGGGUGGUGUGGGCGGCUUUACAUCUUUGGCAGAUGGCAUCGAUCGUGCUUUGGCAGGUUUGGAGCCAGGUUUCGAACCUCAACGGGUCUACAGCUCCCUGGAAGAAGCGCAUAACCUCAGCGGUGUGAAACCACCGGCGCUGCCGCCGCCCCGACCACCACGUGCCAGUGCGGCCUCACGAGCAGGGGAAGAUAUCGUGGCGGGGCGAAAGAGCCUGCCGAUGAGCUCUAAGAGCGGACCAGGACGGCCAGGCUCGACCGGCUCCACUGGCAGUCGGACUCGACCUGCGAAGUGA